AUGGCCGAAACCACCGGAACCCCUGAAAUGCCAAAGCCGAUUCAUACUAUAGUCCUAGAUGCCGGCCCUCUUAUCAAGAACACUCCCCAAAUAUCUACUCUCCUAGCACAGUCCCAUGCUCUCCUUACCACACCAGCCGUCGUGAACGAGAUCCGCGAUCCAGAUGCUCGGCAGAGAAUCGAGUCACUGUACCUGCCAUUUCUCGAACAAAAAUCGCCCAAGCCAGAGAGUUUGAAAAUAGUAUCCGACUUUGCUAGGAAGACAGGCGAUAGAGAAGUUCUGAGUCGGACUGACUUGGAGAUUUUGGCAUUAGCAUAUGAAACUGAAUGCGAGAGAAAUGGAGGAGACUGGAGAUUGAGGAAAGUACCCGGCCAACAGAAAAUUAAUGGUGCGCCGCCGCCGAAAGAUCAAGCAGGCGCGGCAAAAGAUGUGGGCGCUUCGCAAACAGAAGAUAACCUGGCGACUAAAGACGUUUCGAUAGACAAUACUAUACAAGGUGUAAAAGAGAUAACUUUAGAGGAAAAUAGCACAGCGCAUCAGCAGGAUGCUGGCAGCAAUUGUGCUCUCGAAAACUUCUCGCCCGAUGUCACCGUUCACCCAGAGGAUGAAUCUGAUGCAGCAGAGGGCAAUUCCGCCGGAGAGAAUCCUCAAGAAGAAGCCUCUGAUUCAGAUGACGGCUGGAUCACCCCAUCUAAUAUUAAGAAACACCAAGCCCGCGAUGCAGCGAAGGCGGACGCAUCCGCGGAAUCUAAAACCAUGCAAGUGGCAACUAUUACAACGGAUUUCGCCAUGCAGAAUGUGCUCUUACAGAUGAAUCUAAAUUUACUUUCGACAAAUAAUCUUGAGCGAAUAAGAUAUUUAAAGUCGUACAUACUUCGCUGUCAUGGUUGCUUUUUCACUACGAGGGAAAUGUCCAAGCAGUUUUGUCCUCGAUGUGGGCAACCUACUCUCACUCGUGUUUCCUGCUCUACGUCAGCGAGUGGCGAAUUCAAGCUACAUUUGAAAAAGAAUAUGCAAUGGAAUAAACGUGGGAACAAAUUUAGCAUCCCAAAGCCUAUUGCAGGAACGGCAAAUGGAAAAUGGAUUGGUGAAGGAGGUGGGAAAGGAGGCUGGGGAACAGAGCUAAUACUUGCCCCGGACCAGAAAGAAUACGUGAGAGCCGUGGCAGAGGAAGGGAGAAGAGUUAGGAAAGGUCGAGAUCUAAUGGACGAGGACUAUCUUCCUGGAAUACUGACUGGAGAAAGAAAUCGAGCUGGUGGAAGAAUCAAAGUGGGUGGUGGUCGAAAUGUGAACUCUAAAAGGCGAAGAUGA